UAGCUACAGAGUAAAUAAUUACCCUCCCCUUUUUAAGAGGAAUAGUUUUGUAUGCGCCUCGGGUCGCUUGCCACGUGGCAGAUAUACUACUAUGUAAGCAUAGCUAUCGGUUUAGGAUGAUUUUACGGGACCGGAGUCAUCGUCAGCUGCGUAGGUCCACACCGUUUUAUUUACAUAUAUAGGAGAAUACGAAGAGCAUUUCGUUCUUCAAACCAAUACUUACACCGAUCAACAAUCACCCAAUCUGCGUAGCAAUCCACCGCCGCGCGACUAAAAGAUAAAAAAAUUAAAAACAGCGAGGAGAAACAACAAUGGCUUUUGGCGUCACCACACCUGAAUUUUCCGAAGGCUGCGCCGUGGUCUUCGGCGGCUCGGGCGGCCUCGGCCGCGCAAGCGCCGGCCUAAUGGCGGAGCGCGGUUCCAACAUUGUCGUCACCUACCGGUCGCGCCCCGCCGAGGCAGAGUCCCUGGUAGAGGAGCUGCGCAAGCUCGGGCGCCAGGCGAGCGCGGUUGCCUGCGAUGUCACCGAUCGCAAGGCUGUCGAGGCUGUCUUCAAGCACGCCGUGGAAACGUACAAGCGGGUGCACACGGUAGUAUCCGCCGGAGGCCUCGUGUUUGACACGGGUCCGCUGGCGGCAUUCAAAGAGGAAUCCUUCCGCGGCGUCAUCGAGACCGACAUCUACGGCUUCUACAACAUCGCCCAAGUCGGCGUGCCGGUACUGCGUGAGGGCAAGGGCGGCUCGUUCGUGGCCCUGGUCACCAGCGCAGUGAGCCGCACCGUGCCGUGUGAUGCGCUCUCGGCCACGCCAAAGGCCGCCGUGGCAAUGAUGGUGCGCCAGCUCGCCACUGAGGAGGCUGUUAACGGAAUCCGCGCCAAUGCCGUGGGACCCGGCGUUAUCAACGCCGGUAUGGUAUUGCCAAUGAUGGAAACGCCGACGCGAGCGCUGUUGGAGGCCGCCACCGAGGGGACACCGCUGAAGCGCUGGGGCGAGGCUGCCGAAAUAGCCGAGGCAGUCGCAUUCCUGGCUUCGUCGAAGGCAUCCUACAUCACCGGCCAGAUCUUGAUGGUCGACGGCGGCCUCGCUGCAUAAUUCUGAUGACACCUGUGAUAAUGUGAGCUUUGCGCGAGGCUUGCCAUAGCAUGAACUCGGUUUGUAAUGAGGGGGGAACAAUCAAAUCAAUAGAAACGCGUUAUGGGAUGGAGCCUGGAUUAACAUUGAGGCCGAACACUAAGAACGCUUCGAGACUUAGGCAAUGACGUCUUUUCCGACCGUGUAACUCUUGUUUUUUAGAUUUUUUCCUUUUUUUACAUAAAGUUUAUAGCCAUUAACUGUUAUGCAUGUAAGCGUUUUCGGCUUUUCAUAUUAAAAUUAAUUAUUUAUUAUAAUAAAAAAAUAAACUUUAA